AUGUUGACACGACAAGCUGCGCAACGUAAAGUGAUUCAUAUGAUCGACGAAGAUGACGGAGUUGAUGCGUUGCAGAAGAAAGAUGUGGAUUUAUCACAAGGAAAUCUGUUAGUGUAUCCGGUUGGUGAGAAGGAUGCAGUACCGAUACAUUUCGCCGAUGUGGAAUGCCUGAAGCCAGAACAGAUGCUGAACGAUGUCAUCAUUGACUUCUUCCUCAAGCAUAUUCACUACGAAUCUAUUCCAUUAGAAAGACGUUCAUCAGUAUUCGUAUUCAAUUCAUUCUUCUAUGGUAAGUUAUCGAACUGCAAUGGCGGCAUCCCUCCGCACAGUGCUGUGGCACGAUCAAAAUGGAUAAUGUCAAAUUACAAGUCGGUUCGAAAUUGGACCAAGAAUGUGGAUUUAUUCAGCAAGGAAUACAUUGUUGUACCAAUCAACGAGGAUAUUCACUGGUAUUUGGCUAUAAUCGUGCAUCCGUCAGCUGCCAUCGAAGUUCCAAAUGCGAUCGAGGCGAAUGAUGAAAGCCAAAAGAAACGACGACGGAAAACAUAUAUCAUAUGGAAUUUGUUUUGCAGAAAGUUGACGGCAGCGGUUUUGCGCGAGUAUUUGGAGUGUGAAUACAACGAUAAACGUAAGCAGAAGGCGGUUGAUGGAGAACGUUUCGCGAAGGAACUCGUCGAGAAGAUAACACCACGUGAAUUACCGCAACAACGCAAUUAUACCGACUGUGGUCUAUUUUUGCUCAAAUACGCUGAGUGCUUCCUUGUGAACCCACCUCAAUUAAUCACUCAAUCGGACUCCUUCUUGAGGUGGUAUCCGCGUUUCACUAUCAAAAAUAUGCGUUCGGCGAUUCUCGACAAAGUGAAAUCGUUGUGUGACCCCCAGAAAUGGUCAGCGUAUGAGGAGUAUUCGAAGGGCAGAGAGUGUGACGUACAAACCACUCAGCACACAAUUGAACCGUUCUCAACUGAAACAACAAUGGGCAUUUCAGUCGUUUUGCCAUUCCGAUCGGACUCACCGAAGCCACGUCUUCGAUCCUAUAGUACUGGAGAUGAGCAAGAAGAGGUAACGACGGAGAUGAAGCGACCACUAACACCAUAG